AGUAUCAAAUCCACAGCCACAAGCCAAUGCUGGGAAGAGAAACCAGUGAGGCAGCUGACAGACAAGGACCAGAAAUAGGCAGGAACACUCAGCACAAGCAGGGGAAGGGAACCACGGAGCGUCAAAGGAACUGGAGACAGAGAGUCACAACACUGUUUAUUGGGACAGAGAAUCAAAGCACUGAUUAUUAGGAAGAGCAAGUCAUAGAACUGGAUAUUGAAAAUGAAUCACUGCACUGGUUAUCGGAACAGAGAAUCACAGCAUACUGGAUAUUUGGACAGAAUCACAGCACUGGUUCUUGGCACAAAAUCACAGCACUGGAUAUAAGGGACAAAAUCACAGCACUGGAUAUAAGGGACAAAGAACCACAACACGUGAUUGGCACAGAGAAUCACUUCACUGGACAUUGGGACUGAGAAUCACUGAACUGGAUAUUGGAACAGCGAAUCACUGAACUGGUUAUUGGGGACAGAGAAUCACAAUGCUUGUUAUUGGGACACGGAAUUGCUGGAUAUUGGGAUAGAGAGUCCAGAAAAAAGACAGCAAUGGAUAUUGGGGACAGUGAAUCAUAGCACUGGAUGUUGGUGGCGAUGAAUCACAGCACUGUAUAUUGGUGGCAGUGAAUCACAACACUAGAUAUUGAUGACUGAAUCAUAGCACUGGAAUAUAGGUCAGAUAAUCACAGCACUGGUUAUUUUGGCAGUGAAUCACAGCACUGAUGAUUGAGGACAGAGAAUCACAGCACUGAUUAUUGGGGACAGAAUCAUGCUACUGUUCAUUGGACAGAGACACAGCACUGGUUACUGGGGACAGGCAACCAACGCAUACAUUAUUGAGGCAGAGAGUUACAGCAUUGGUUAUUGAGAUGGUGUAUUCACACUGGUGGUUGGGGCAGUCAAUCCAGCACUUAGUAGCUGAGGACAGAGAAUCAAAACACAGUUUCGUGGGGACAGAGCAUCACAGCACUGAAUGUUGGGAGGGAGUCUCAUCACUGGUUAUUGAGAGAAGGAAUCAGCACCGGUUGUUGGGACAGAGAGUCACAGCCCUGGAUCUUACAGUGGGAAUCACAGCGCAGGUUAUCAGGAACAGCCACAGCUUGCUUGCCGUUCAUUGACUUGGCACAGACACACCAGUUCCGUCCGCGGCUGCACAGCCUCAGCGCAGACUGGACGCGUGUCUCGGGAUAGAGGGAGUGCCUGACAGCGGCCGGGGGAGGGGAGGGGGAAGGACGCAUUUCAGAAUGGGUGGGAGCGAGUUGGUGAGCGCGUCCAAUCCCUGAACUUCCCGUGCGCGUCCGAGAGCCGGAGUCUGCAACAACACCCCCAGCCACCCCACCCCCGUCCCGGGGAGGAAAGGGUUACCCAUCUACCCAUAUUAGUCACAUGAGCCGGAGGCCAGUGGAAAAAGCCUGGGUUUGUGUGUAAGCGGAGCGAGAGUGGCGGUGGUACGGUUGUAGAACCUGAAGGGAAAUCCUUGCACGGACGGGGCGUUCUCCUUGGACACUGAGGAGGGGGUGAUAUCCUCGGGAUUGCACCGUUCUCGGACCCCCAGCCGCCUUCGUCUGAGGAAUAACGGGGUGGGAGGAGGAGAGAGAGACACACACACGCUCUCCCAGGACAGGGUGCACCGCUGGACGGGACAUGGAGUGUACAGCCCGGAGCCCGCGGUAAGGAGGUGGCGGGGGUGGUUCCCCCACACCACCACCCCCUACUCCCUCCCCUCCCCAACUCUUCCUGCGCCCGGGCUGCUGAAGAGAUGGAUCUGCCCUCGGCUCUGACCAUCCUGCACUUCCAGCUCGCACUCUUCCUCCUCCGGUCGGCUCUCGCCAAGGUACCGAUCCGCCGCUCAACCCCCUCACCGAUUCCUCGAGAAGCCCGUCAGCAGGCAAACCAAGCCGUGACAUGGAUGGACGUUUACUGGCGGUCGGUGUGCCAGACCCGAGAGACGCUGGUGGCCAUCAGUGGCGAGUACCCCAACGAGGUGGAGUACAUCUUCGUGCCCUCCUGUGUCCUCCUCAGUCGGUGCUCCGGCUGCUGUAACGACGAGCAGCUUCAGUGCGUCCCAACGGACACCGACACCGUCCUCAUGCAGAUACUAAAAGUCAAACAUCGAAGCAGCCACUUGGAGGAAAUGUCCUUUGUUCAGCACAGACGCUGUGAAUGUAGACCAAAGAAAGAGAUAAAACGUGUCCCAGAAAGCCCUCCGGCGGGAUCCUGUUUGCAGCCGGGUCAGCGGGAGAGGCCGGGCUGCGGAGAGUCAGCACCGUUCCCCUCGAUCCUGCUCCACGCGUGGCCAGCAAACGGCGGGGCAGUGUACACAGGGACACCCUGCAGCCCCUGCUCAUCAAAGAGGCGGCAUCACUUCGAGCAGAACCCCUUGACCUGUGAGUGCAAGUGCCGGCUCUCCCACAGCAAGUGCAGGCAACGCGGGCAAGAACUGAACGAGCACAUGUGCAGGUGUGAGAAGCAGAGGCGGUGAUCGCGACAGAGGAGCCGUGAGCGUUGGACUCGUUGACUGAGAACACUGGGGUUGGGGGGGGAGGCGGUGGGUCAACGGGGAACCCCUUUCCUGCACAGCAGACCCUCAGAUCCUGCUCGACGGGUGACCUGACUCCCCCUCCUUCCUCCCCCCCCCAUCCCUCUCCCUGCUCUCUCCCUUCCCCUCUCGCUCCCUCUUCCCACCCUCUCCUGCUGCCCUAUCUCUAUCCCCACCCCCUCCCUCCCUCCCUU